CUUGGACCAAUGGGAGGCUGGAAAGGGGAGGGUUGGGCCCGCCCCCUUCCCCGCGCCAAUGGGGCCGGGCCGGGUGCGGGAGGCGCAGCCGAGGGAAGAUGGCGGAGGAGGAGAAGCUGCCCGCGGGCUGGGAGAAGCGCAUGAGCCGCAGCUCCGGCCGCGUGUAUUACUUCAACCACAUCACGAACGCCAGCCAAUGGGAACGGCCCAGCGGCAGCGGGAAGAACGGCCAAGGGGAGCCCAGCAAAGUGAGAUGUUCACAUCUCCUGGUGAAACACAACCAGUCCAGAAGACCCUCGUCGUGGAGGCAGGAAAAGAUCACGCGGACCAAAGAUGAGGCACUGGAGCUUAUAAAUGGCUACAUCCAGAAGAUAAAAUCAGGAGAAGAGGAUUUUGAAUCCCUGGCUUCCCAGUUCAGCGACUGCAGCUCGGCCAAAGCGGGAGGCGAUUUGGGAGCGUUUGGGAGAGGUCAGAUGCAGAAACCUUUUGAAGACGCCUCGUUCGCGCUGAGGGCCGGGGAGAUGAGCGGACCAGUUUUCACAGAUUCAGGGAUCCACAUCAUCCUACGCACGGAGUGAAGUGCCUUUGGUGACACACACACAAAGGAAAGGGCGAGGGGAAGAAAGGAAAAAAUCAACCAACCAACAACCAAC